GGCAGGUGGGGGGCAUUCCCCACCCUCAGUGGUGUUGUUCGGUCACGAGGGCAAACCCCACUUUCCUUUUCGACUCUACGGAGAUACCAUGUCCUCCCUCACCAUCCGCCCCUUUCGAUCUGGAGACGAGCCCAGUCUUGCCAAGAUAUGCUGCGAGACUGGCAAUAACGGCAAAGACGGGACUGGCCUCCUCUCUGACGAUCGACUGUGGGGAGAUAUAUGGGUCUUGCCGUAUGUCAAACGAGAUCCACAGCUCGCAUGGGUGGUCGAAGACUUGGACGGGCAAGUGAUUGGGUACACAGUCGGGACAGAUGACUCGGACGCUUUCAAUCAAUGGUACAAGGAGUCAUGGUGGCCAGCAGAGUCGAAGAAAUACGAACGACCGCCAACUUCUUCCGGAGGGCCAUCACGAGAGCAGACCUUUUUCAAGAUUGCAGAUGAGACGGGAUCCACCCCUCUCAACUCGUCACUCCGCGAAUACCCCGCACAUCUUCACAUUGAUCUUCUACCUCCAGCUCAGGGCAAAGGGCUUGGACGCAAGAUGAUCAGAACUCUCCUGCAAGCCAUGCAGGACCGAGGCAUCAAGGGGGUCCAUCUUGGUGCUUCGGCUGAAAAUCACUCGGCUUGCGCGUUCUACCAAAAAAUUGGCUUUGGGGAGGUUCCUACGCAGGACAAAGGCUCGCGGAUCUUCGUGUGGGACUUGACGAAGCCAUUGCAAUGACGACGGGAGACAUGGACUCAGUACUUUAUAUGUCAUUAAGUCGGACGGAGGAGGGAUGUUGUUGCUGAACGAGGGGCCCAUCCACGGGCAGGUCACCACUACUUCUUGGCGUUGUGACAUAUGCAUAACUUUAUAGGAAAUG